CUAUCUCUCCCUCUCGCUCUUUACGCUCGCCACACUCUGCUCCGUAUCCGUCCUCUUCUUCCUCAAGUGGGCUACCAUGCGUCUUAGUUUCUCCCAUUCCUCUCUGCUCGACUCCCACCCUUCGAGGGUCCUUUCAUCAUCAAGCCCAGCGCUCUCGCUUGCACGCCGGGCUCGCUAAACGCCUUCCGGAGGACUUUGGAACAGGACACAGCUGCUUGUCGGGUCUGCGGAGACCUUUGCUGAGACCCUUCACUCGAUGGAGGAAACGCAUCAGUCAGCAGUGUCGUGUCAGACACGUCAAUGACGACUCACUGCAUGUGGAGUCAGCCUUCCGCAGGAUCUCACUCUUAAGUCUCCACAAACCAAUCAGGACGGCAUGGCUGUUACAUCAGUUUGAGUUACCCCCGCACCGCCUCAAAAAAAAAAAAAAAAAAAACGACACUCAUGCUCCUUCUUCCCAGCCUGUGACCUCCAUAUGAGAUACCACAGCUCAGCGCAGAACUGGCCCCGACUUUCAGCUUCACGUCGUCAUAAAAAGGAGCAGCUGUCUCGGUCUCGGAGCUAGCUCUCGUGGUCGCGGCGUUGGUUUGCGCCCACAGCCAUGCAGGUGUCCUUCGCGUGCACAGACCAUGGGCUGAAGGCCCCACGCAACGGCGAACACAGUAAGCAGAACACCACCAGCCCCAACACCACCAGCCAGGCUCGAGCCCGCUUUCGCACCGUGGCCCUGAUAGCUCGCAGCCUGGGUUCCCUCACCCAUCGCUACCACCACAACCUCAAGGAGUCCACCGCCAAGCUCACUGGCAUGAAGUACCGGAAUCUUGGGAAAUCUGGUUUGCGUGUCUCCUGUCUGGGCCUCGGCACGUGGGUGACAUUCGGCGGUCAGAUCUCAGAUGAGGUGGCCGAGCAGCUGAUGACGAUCGCGUAUGAGAGUGGGGUCAACCUCUUCGACACGGCGGAGGUGUAUUCCGGCGGGAAAGCAGAGAUAAUCCUGGGAAACAUCAUCAGGAAAAAGUGCUGGAGGCGUUCUAGUCUGGUGAUCACCACGAAACUCUACUGGGGAGGAAAGGCAGAGACAGAGAGAGGCCUCAACAGAAAACACAUCAUUGAAGGUUUAAAGGGCUCCCUCCAGAGGAUGCAGUUGGAGUACGUCGAUGUUGUUUUUGCCAACCGACCGGACAACAACACUCCCAUGGAAGAGAUUGUGCGAGCCAUGACCCAUGUGAUCAACCAGGGAAUGUCUAUGUACUGGGGGACAUCACGGUGGUCUGCCAUGGAGAUCAUGGAAGCCUACUCAGUGGCCAGGCAGUUCAAUCUUAUUCCACCAGUCUGCGAGCAGGCUGAGUAUCAUUUUUUCCAGAGGGACAAAGUGGAAACACAGCUGCCAGAGCUCUACCACAAAAUUGGUGUAGGUGUGGUCUCUUGGUCUCCUUUGGCCUGCGGCAUUAUCACCGGGAAAUAUGACGAUGGCGUGCCGGAGUCCUCCAGGGCUUCCAUGAAGCCAUACCAGUGGUUAAGGGAGAAAAUAAUGAGUGAGGAUGGAAGAAAACAGCAAGCCAAGCUGAAAGAGUUGGCUCAUAUAGCAGAAAAGCUUGGUUGUACGUUACCCCAACUUGCUAUAGGUGAUUCCAAAGAUGACAGUGGGCAUCGCCUCAGAAGUGGAUCACAUACUGGGGAAUCGUCCACACAGCAAAAAGGACUACCACCAUUAGGACGAUCCGACUUCUUGGCAAACUGUCCUCUGAAAGUGUAUCAAAGCUCAUACUCACAGCCAUGGCACAACAAUUACUGCCCAACUUUGCUCGUGUGACCCUGUGUGUGACUGCGCAAAGUGAUCUGCUUGGCUCUUCAGUCACGUGUCAUUAUCAUAAAGUGAGAUCAAUGCAUGCUUACAACCAUGACAGCCAGCAGAUGGAACAGUUAAAAGAUGCAGCGAGAACAUUGCUGGUAUGGAAUCCCCCCAGCUGUAUGUGCAACAUUCAAAGUCAUUGCCGCGCAGUGAAUAACUUAAGUUGCAUCUAUUUUUUAAGAUAGAUAGAAUUUUGCCUCACUAGAUGUUUGUGAGACAUUAGAAACAAUAUAUAUGAUAACCUGCGUAACUGGACCUGAUCUCGACAGACUUGAUGCCACGUUGAAUGUCUUUUAGCAGCUCAAGCUGAAGGGUCAACGUGAUAAAACUGAAUUCCGCUAAUAUAUUUUUAAAAACACCUUUGCUGUACUGAUUGUAAUGUGUUUUACUUGAUGAGCAGUUUUAACGUUCCUCCAGAAAUAGUCUACUCUCCUAUUGUUUACCUUCACCUCUUUUUAAUUCAACUGUUGUUGUUAAAAAAAUUUCUUGUCAGGAUUGGAGAGAUGAUGAAACAAUACGGGGCGCUUAGACCAACAAAGCCGUAUAGGCCUAGCUAAUGAAAACAUUACACUAUACAAGCCCCUCCAGUCAUUUCUUCUAGAAGCCAUUUUACUAAAUGGGUCUUAGUUUUGCUCUCUAUGUUCAUGUGUAUUUUUUGUCAUGGUUCAUCAGAGUUGUACAAAGAAAUAAAGAU